UAUUGGGUAACUCGAGGCGGGCUGGCCAGCCAAUGGCUGAUUCCUGUUUCGCGUCCUUCCCGUUUCAGGGCGGGCAAGUUCUUCCCAGGCCGAUUGAUUCGUGAGUGUUGCUCGAUUCUCCGCGUAAUAGGCUAAUUAGCGACGUAUUUGUCCCUUCUAACUUUUGACACAGGCAUUCCGUCCGUCUCGUGGUAUUGAGGACGGGGAUUUUUUUUUUACAGUUCUUUCUUCUUCUCCCGAAAUCUGUACCGCAGUUCACCGCUCGACCAUUUGCUGGUUGGCUGUUUUUAGCUGGAUAUAAAUGAGAAGACAAAAUGAACACGACUGCAAUGAAGCUGUUCUUGACAGUUUGGUAUUAAAGACAAGCAAGACCCAGCCGACGAGGAGCAGUUAUACUUCUAAAGAAGGACAAUGUUUGUUGUUAUAGCUUCCGUGCUUUUGAUUCUUUGAAAUUGUGAUAAAUUUCGAAACAGAAAUAGAAUUUGUUCUGUGUUACAUCAACUUUCAAAGAUAGCAUUUUAUCACUGCACCGUUGUCAACCAAGUGCAAAACCACGAAAUGAGAUAUAUAAGGAUUUUAAAAUAGAUUUUGAUACGGACUUUCUGAAUGAGCCAUUUGUGAAGGGAGAGGAGAUAAGUUAAAUGUUUUACACGAACAACAGAAGAUGUUUGUAACUGAACAAAAUGUUGAAAGUCAUAUCUGAAUAUCAGUGAAAGAAAGAGAAAGUGGACGUCUCUGGGGGUGAAUUAAUGAAUUGUUCAUGAAAGAGUAAAUUGUACCGGAAACAACUGCAAAACAAUUACAGCAAAGAUACAACCAGCUUUUGGAAAAUAGCAUACAAAUUCAAUAUCUGUAUGACUAUUUAUCCCAAUUUGUUGUAGUAUCACUGUUGAGCACGUAUAAGCCUCCAGAAUUGGACUUCACUUCGUGAAAAAACCAAAAAAACCCAACAACAACAAAAAACCAAAAAUAAAACAAGUCACCACAAUGGAGACUAAAGUCACAGUCUGCUGCACCAUCCCAACCUCCCCAUCAUCAUCCCCACCAUCGCCGCUGUCAUCACCGAAAUCAUCGACGUCAACGCUCUCAUCCGCCUCCUCGUCAUCCUCGCCUCCAAUAUCCAGCAGCAGCAGCUCUUUCCCCGCCACUCACCCACAAGCUUCACCGACGUCCGAGCUGCCUCCAGCGUCCAACAACAACAGCACCACGACGACCUCUCGACCCCCAGGUAAGCGGUGCGUGUCUUACAGCAUAGACAGCAUCCUGGGUCGCCGGGACUCCUCGCCACCACCACCACAACCACUACCACUGCCAUCACCAUCACCAGGCCAGCACGAAGACUCAGCCCAAGAGACUUCCAGACUUGCAGACUCACCACUGGGUGAUCCAGCGUCACCAAAGACUCCACCCCCUAGACUCGCCCACACAUUUCCUGGAAUCCGAUACCACCACCACCCCCCACAACAACAACAUCACCAUCAGUAUCAUCACCACCCGUAUCGUAGACAAACCAGCAACAACAACAACAACAACCACACGAACAACGGGUACCCACAACGUACUCAUCAAACACCCGGCGGGGAAUCGGACUUCGAAGUUUCUACACCAGCAACCAGACCUGCGACACCACCACUUCAUCAUCACAAACAACAACAGCAGCAACACCAACAGCAACGGCCAGCAUCACCGUCCUCGCCAGGCAUGGGAAGAUCUGUGAGUUCUGUGCCAGGCACGCCCAGCGGUACCCCGUACUCCCCCGAGAGCCCCCCGUACAGUAUAGAGACCACAGACAACAUGGGCAACACCACCACAUGUCUCAACACCAGUACCAGCGACUACAGGUGA